AGUUGUCAUAAGUAAAAGAGAGACAACGCUUUGAUCCUUGUUUAUAAUUCAGAUUUGAGAUUAAUUGUUAUAUUAAAUUAGUAAUCUCAUGUAUAAUAUAAAUUACAUAUUUUUGUUGGUUAAUGUAUAGCUGAAGAGGUAGACAUGAACCGUGUCAAGUAUGCUAGUCCAAUAUUAAUUGAAAAUGAAUACACCCUAGUGUCUGAAAAAAAUGUAAGACUAUACGAUGGAGAUCAAAAGACUUCCUUUGAAGGAGGAGAACUUAUAAUUACAUCUCAUAGAAUAUUAUGGGGAAGACCAGGAACUAUAGCUACUGGUCAAACAUGCUUAGCAUUAAGUUUGAGUUUGGUUGUUUAUGUAGAAGAAGAAUCUUUGAGUACAUUCAGUUUCAGCAGAUCCAGAAAAAUUAUCUUGUUUCUUUCAGAAAAUUCAAAUGAUCAGUCCUCUGGUCCUCAGUCAACAAGUGCCUACAAUUUCAUUAAGUUGUCUUUCAGAGAUGGUUACCAACACAAUGUCAUUGACACUCUCAAACAUGCACUCCAACAAAGAGCAUGGGAAUUGAAAAUUCUACAAAAACCCUUAGGUUCUUCAUCGCCUAAUAAAGCUGCACCUGUGAUCAAAUUACGAACAGGUAUCGUAGGAAUAGAAAGAACUCUGCAAGAAAAGCAAAAAGCAGCUGAUGACAGUAUUAAUGUGGCAUUCCAAGAUUUGAAUAAGCUGAUGAUAAUGGCUAAAGAUAUGGUUAAACUGUCCCAAAUGAUUUCCACUAAAAUUAAGGAAAAACAAGGAGAUAUCACUGAUGAUGAUACUGUUAAAUUCAAAUCAUACCUAUUGAGUUUAGGUAUCGACGAUCCAGUAACCAGAGACUCCUACAAAUCAAACACUCGUUUUUAUCAAGACCUUGCAAGAGAAAUUUGCAACUUCUUUAUAGAGCCUAUUGAUAAAAUGGGGGGCAUGAUGGGUGUGACGGAUGUUUUUUGUCGUAUCAAUAGAGCUAGAGGUUUAGAGUUGGUAUCUCCAGAAGAUGUCUUGAAUGCUUGCAAAGCUAUGGAAAAUUUGAAUUUGCCAUUGAAAUUGUAUCAAUUUAGUUCAGGGGUGAUGGUAUUACAACUAAGCUUCUUGGACGAUGAGACUGUAACGGAUGCUACGGCACAACUAAUCGAAGAAAAGAAUUCUCUAACAUGUGAAGAAUUGGCUACUCAUUUGGGAAUCUCUAUCGUUUUAGCGAAAGAAAGAUUGCUUUCAGCAGAAAAAGUAGCUAAAUGUUGCAGAGAUGACUCCAUAGAAGGAUUACGUUUUUACCCCAACCUGUUCUUAACUAAUGAAGAUUAAGUAUUUGUAUGAUUAAUAUAAUUACCUAUUUAUUAAAGAAGAAAUUUAUUUCAAUGUUUCAAUAUACAAUUUACCAUU